AUGAGGCAUGCACUCUCCCUCAGUUUUUCAGGCUUCUUUUUAGACAAAUGUGACUCCAUACGCCAACGUUCCUCAGGGGAAAUUUUCAUCGGGGGACUUAUCACGAUCAUAGGUCGAGCCGUCGGCCUAGACUUUCCGGAUCCCGAGUACAUACCUGUCGACACCCCACCGAACUUCCUGCUAGAUUGUGACACUCUCAUCCGGAUGGAGAUGUUGCUCGAUCGGGGAACCCGCACGUACAGUUGGUUAGACGCUGACAAAGCCCCGGUUUACAUCCUGCCAAGUUGGAUCGGUUCUCAUUCGAUGCAGGCGACCCCGACACUUGGCUCCUCCAGAUCAAUUGACCCAAGCAGGUGUAUUCCCAGAAUUCGGUGA